AUGGCCUGCUGCAACACCAGCUUCUGUGGAUUUCCCAGCUGCUCCACCUGCAGGACCUGUGGCUCCAGCUGCUGCCAGCCAAACUGCUGCCAGACCAGCUGCUGUCAGCCAAGCUGCUGUGGGUCUAGCUGCUGCCAGCCAAGUUGCUGCCAGAUCAGCUGCUGCCAGCCAAGCUGCUGCGGGACCAGCUGCUGUGGGACCGGAGGUGGCUUCGGCUAUGGCAUCGGCUAUGGCCAGGACGGUGGCUCUGGAGCUGUGAGCUGCCGCACCAGGUGGACCCGCCCAGACUGCCGCGUGGAGGGCACCUGCCUGCCCCCCUGCUGCGUGGUGAGCUGCAUUCCCCCAUCCUGCUGCCAGCUGCACCACUCCCAGGCCUCCUGCUGCCGCCCAUCCUACUGUGGACAGUCCUGCUGCCGCCCAGCCUGCUGCUGUUACUGCUGCCAGCCCACCUGCUGUGAGCUCACCUGCUGUGAGCCCACCUGCUGCCAGUCCACCUGCUAA